UGGCACCCCAUUUCGCUGCCUUUCUUCCCCCGCCUGGCGCGACGUGGCGACCCCCAAGCCUUCCUAUUUUUUACCGUAGGCCUACCUCUUCCCCUCCCCAUCUCCGCCUUUUUCUCCCCGUAGCAGCCUCCGCCUCCGCCCGCUUCCCCACGCCCAAUGCGUUCCGAUGAUGUGCCCGGGCGUCUGCAGGAUAAGGGAAGGUCAUGGAAUUUUCCUGGCAGUUUUGAGCUUAGCGCGGGCAGAAUCUAGGUCAGAGACGGUAGCGUAGGCAGGGUGCAAUGUAUGGGUCGGGGCUCCAUCUUGCGUUCAGUCAUGUGUUACAGCUGCAGACAAAGUACUUCCCUCUCAGGGUGUACAACAUGGGGACCCUCCAGGAACCCAGGAAGGAGGACGCCGUUGUGGUGGACAAGCCCGGCCCGCACGACAACUACUCCUGCUAUCGCCUCCACACUUCCGGUUCCUCCCAAAACACUGCUCCUUCGACGCCCCCGCUGGCCAGGGACCUCUUCGGCGUCGUGCGUGAAGCUUGUGCUCAACAGAAUGUCAAGUGGCCGGUCGAGUGUCAGCCUAUAAUUCACGCAUUGCACUUUCAGGUAGUACAGGUAUCAGAGUGUUAUUAUGAACUUCAUUUAAGAGCUGACAUGUACACCUCAAGACACACGCAGUGGUUUUACUUUGCCGUUUCAAAUACACGGAAGGAUAUCACAUAUAGAUUUUCAAUAGUGAAUCUAUCCAAGGGCGAUAGUCUCUAUAACCACGGCAUGCGGCCUCUUAUGUAUUCAAGCGAGGAAGCCGACAACCACGGCGUUGGCUGGAGAAGAUGCGCCACCAAUAUUGUUUACUUUAAGAACCACGACAGUAGUGACAACGCUUGCUUUGAUAGUGACGAUGAUGGCGAAGAUGAUGCUCCCUCCUACACGUUAACAUUCAACGUAACAUUUCCACAUGACCAUGACACUGUAUAUAUUGCUCACUGUUAUCCAUAUAGUUACUCUGAUCUACAAGAACACCUCCUAACCAUCCAGAAUGAUCCGUUCAAAUCCAAUGUGUGUCGCCAACGAGUUCUGUGUCGUUCUCUCGCUGGAAAUCCCGUCUAUCUGUUGACCAUUACUAGUCCCGAACCCGAAGAAGACGGAAAGAAAAAACGCGCCGUCGUCCUGACCGCCCGCGUCCACCCCGGGGAGACGCCCUCCUCGUGGAUCAUGAAGGGAAUUUUGGAUUUCUUGACGGCAGAUCACCCCAAAGCACAUGACCUCCGGAGUCAGUUCAUCUUCAAAGUGAUCCCGAUGCUGAACCCUGACGGAGUGAUCGUAGGCAACCACAGGUGCUCCUUGGUGGGAAGAGAUCUCAACCGCCAGUACAAGAUGGUUGUGAAGGAGAUGUUUCCUGCGAUUUGGCACACGAAGGCUAUGGUCAGGAGGCUCAUGGACGAACACGGAGUCGUCAUGUACGGCGACUUCCACGCGCAUUCCCGGAAACACAACAUCUUCCUGUAUGGCUGCGAAAACCGUCGUAAUCAAGACAACCACCUGAGGGAACAGAUCUUCCCUUUGCUCCUUCAUUAUAACGGAGGCGAUAAGUUCAGCUUUCGCAGUUGCAAAUUCAAGGUGCAACGUUGCAAAGAAGGGACAGCCCGCGUGGUGGUCUGGAUGAUGGGCGUUCUCCACUCUUACACCAUGGAGGCUUCCUUCGGGGGGGCUUCCGAAGGACCUCGAGCAGGAACCCACUAUAACAUACAGGACCUGAUUUCAAUGGGCAGGCAAUUCUGUGAAACGCUUGUUGAGUAUUUCGAUCCUCAGCCUAUUAAGACGAAAAGGAGAAAUUAAGGAAUAAAUUGUGGUCUCGCCUGAUCAAGAAGGGGUCGAGUGCUGACGAACCCGCUUCCAUUGACUUCAGGUAAAGGAGUUUAUCUUAUUCCCGCCCGGGUAUAUUGGGCUUUCCUUGCACCCGGUUACGUAGUCCAUUAAUAAAAGAGAGUAUAUGUGUAGCUAAGGAAAGAGAGAUUUGAAGUGUGAGAUUGUUUAACCAC